AUGAAAGAGAAGUCCAAAAAUGCUGCCCGGACUAGGCGGGAGAAAGAAAACAGUGAAUUUUAUGAACUGGCGAAAUUACUACCCCUGCCCUCCGCUAUCACCUCUCAGCUGGACAAAGCAUCCAUAAUCAGACUCACCACCAGCUAUUUAAAAAUGAGGGUGGUUUUUCCAGAAGGACUUGGAGAAGCCUGGGGCCACUCUAGCCGAACCAGCCCGCUGGAUAAUGUUGGACGGGAGCUGGGAUCCCAUCUUUUGCAGACGUUGGAUGGUUUCAUAUUUGUCGUGGCUCCGGAUGGCAAGAUCAUGUACAUCUCGGAGACCGCCUCGGUGCACCUAGGCUUGUCGCAGGUAGAGCUGACCGGCAACAGCAUUUACGAGUACAUCCACCCCGCCGACCACGACGAGAUGACGGCGGUGCUCACGGCCCACCAGCCCUACCACUCGCACUUUGUGCAGGAGUACGAGAUCGAGAGGUCCUUUUUCCUGAGGAUGAAGUGUGUCCUGGCCAAGCGGAACGCCGGCCUGACCUGCGGGGGCUACAAGGUCAUUCACUGCAGCGGGUACCUGAAGAUCCGCCAGUACAGCCUGGACAUGUCCCCCUUCGACGGCUGCUACCAAAACGUUGGCUUGGUCGCCGUGGGCCACUCGCUGCCGCCCAGCGCCGUGACGGAGAUCAAGCUCCACAGCAAUAUGUUCAUGUUUCGGGCCAGCCUAGACAUGAAGCUCAUAUUCUUAGAUUCCAGGGUAGCUGAGCUAACAGGUUACGAGCCCCAGGACUUGAUAGAGAAGACCCUUUACCACCACGUCCAUGGCUGUGACACCUUCCACCUGCGAUGCGCCCAUCACUUGUUGCUGGUGAAAGGGCAAGUGACCACCAAGUACUACCGCUUCCUGGCCAAGCACGGCGGCUGGGUGUGGGUGCAGAGCUACGCCACCAUCGUGCACAACAGCCGCUCCUCCCGCCCGCACUGCAUCGUCAGCGUCAACUACGUCCUCACGGAUACUGAAUAUAAAGGACUACAGCUCUCCCUGGAUCAGGUCACUGCUACCAAGCCGGCAUUCUCAUACGCAAAUUCAACUCCGACCAUAACGGAUAAUAGAAAGGGAAGCAAAUCUCGCCUCUCGAGCACAAAGUCAAAAUCAAGGACAUCACCAUACCCGCAGUAUUCUGGAUUUCACACCGAGAGAUCUGAGUCUGACCACGAGAGCCAGUGGGGCGGGAGCCCCCUGACCGAUACGGCUUCUCCCCAGCUACUGGAGCCGGCGGACAGACCGAGCUCCCAGCACCACGACGUCUCCUGUGCCUACAGACAGUACUCGGACCGCAGUGCUCUCUGCUACGGUUUUGCGCUCGACCACUCCAGGCUGACCGAUGACAGACACUUCCAUACUCAGGCCUGCGAAGGAGGCAGAUGUGAAGCUGGCCGGUAUUUUCUUGGCACGCCACAGCCGGGAAGGGAGAGCUGGUGGGGUUCUCGUUCAGCAUUGCCUCUGACUAAGUCGUCCCCUGAGAGCAGAGAAGCGUAUGAGAACAGUAUGCCCCACAUAACGUCAGUGCACAGGAUUCAUGGGAGAGGACACUGGGAUGAGGACAGUGUUGUUAGCUCACCCGAUCCUGGCUCUGCCAGUGAAUCAGGUGACCGAUACCGUACUGAGCAAUACCAGAGCAGCCCGCAUGAGCCCAGCAAAAUUGAAACUCUAAUAAGAGCCACCCAGCAAAUGAUUAAAGAGGAAGAAAACAGACUACAGCUGCGGAAAACGACCCCUGAUCCACUGGUCUCCAUUAACGGCGCAGGGAAGAAGCACACUAUCUGUUUUGCAAACUAUCCUCAGCAGCAGCUGGCAGGGGAUGUCUGCCGCGUCCCGACGGUUGCCAGCACUCCUCCCUGUGAACACAUCCAGCAACGAGAUGGAAAGAUUAUGAGCCCACGUGAAAAUGACUAUGACAACAGCCCCACAACACUGUCUAGGAUAAGCAGCCCCAAUUCUGACCGAAUAUCAAAAUCUAGCUUGGUACUAGCUAAAGACUACCUGCAUUCAGACAUGUCCCCUCAUCAAACCCCAGGGGACCACCCAGCAGCCUCUCCAAAUUAUUACAGCUCCCACAGGCAGUACUUUGAUAAGCAUGCUUACACAUUAACUGGCUAUGCCCUGGAGCAUCUAUAUGACACGGAAACCAUUAGAAACUAUUCGCUAGGCUGCAAUGGAUCACACUUCGAUGUGACUUCUCACUUAAGGAUGCAGCAAGAUCCAGCACAAGGACACAAGGGAACAUCUGUUAUAAUAACCAAUGGAAGCUGA